AUGAUACCAAAUAAAUGUCUUUUGAGUCCGCCCGAAGACCUUCACUCGCUGACGAGGCCAAACUCCACUCAGAUUUAUCCCGAUUUUAGUCCUUGGACUCACACUCAAUUAGAAGAUAAAAUCCUGAUCAGUUCAGUUUCCAGAGGCUAUUAUAAUAGUGCUAAGGUCAAUUUCGAGAGUAUAUCUGCAAGGUCAUCCUUACAGGAGUCACUUUCGGCGAUUUCUGAAGGCUUGGCAGAUCGAUUUACAGAAAUUGUACACAUUAGGGAAGAGGAGAUAAAUAAAAUUUCUGGAAUAUCAAAGAGAGAUGGUAAAGUGCGGUUUGAUAUACUCUGUGGGCCGGGAUUUUCGCUGCCGACACGCGUUACGUUAACUGAUCAUCGCAGAGAGCUUUGGCUUCAAGAAGUAAGCAAUCCACAUUCAUCACUGUUAGCAGUUUCGCGUACUGUGCCUCAAAUACUGAAGCGCAGAUAUGUUCUGGAGCAGUGUUGUACAAAGCAGAUUCCAAUAUUUAAAGCUGUAUGGCUCAUAAGAUGCAGCUUCUCCAUGGAAUGGAAAAUAAUGAUGACCAAGCACAAAGCUCAAUCAUCCGAUCAAGUAUGUGCAAAGCUUUACAAAGAGUGGACCGGAAGUAUUGUUCACAUUUUAGAGAGACUUGUUUUUGAAAUGACACAGUACUCUGGAGACGCAUCUCAACUCAAGGCAUGGAAAAAGCGAAGUUCGUACUUUUUAAAAUUACUGGGCAAUUGUUACACUCUGCAACUAUUGGAUCGCAAUAUUUUCCAUCACUGGCUAGCAGAAUUGUUAGGAAAAGUGGAAAACUUCGAAUGCUUGCCACUCACGCUACAUAUUGCCUCUAUCUUCUGGGAUGGCAUUUGCCAAACUACCGAAUCAAAUUCUACUUCCGAGGGUCUCUUUCUGGUGAGUAAAGUGACAAAGGCUCUCUUGCACAAGUACUACCUCAUCUCUCGCAGCAGAUCCAUGCUUAACGAUGAACAAUAUCUCAUAAACGAUGUUAAGAAGAAUGCCAAGAUUGAGUCAGCCCUUCUGAAAAAAAUGAAGAGCAUGAUCUUGCAAAUCUUUCACGAACAGUCUAUGGAAGCAUUUAUCAUGCCAAAUAGCAAUUGGGAUCUUUACAAACCUUGUCUUUAUGAGAUCUUAAAUAUUGACAAAGUGAGGAACCUGGAGGGAGAUUGGGGCAACGAACACAAGAAGCUAGAGUUGAUCGUUUUCCGAAACGACUCUUUGAAAUUUGAUGGGAUCCCUGAUAACAGCUUCGGCACUCCAGAGCCGGUAAGAAAUAGCUUUGAAGGCAUUAAUGGCCUAUUUGUGACCAAUUUUCAUUUGAAACUUAAAAAAGUGGAUUGCGAGCUCACUGAUUUACUAGAUUUCAAUUCGCCCUGUGAUGACUGGCUGUUUUAUGCCGAGAACAAGCUCAAUAGAAUUGGUCAAAUCGUACAGAUGAUACUAUGGGCUGUUCAUCCAUCUCGAAGAUCGCAUUAUGAGGCUAGCUACCUUGUGGCAAAAAUAAUGUUAUUGAAGAUGAAUUCACAAGAUAGCUUUCAAGAGCAUAAUAUCGAGGAUAUAGUAUGGGCUUUAAUCUUCAGGUUUGCAAGAAUACCUCAAGAUGAAUUUCAGACGCACGUCAACAUCAAUAAAUUGCACCAGAUAUUAAACAUUCUGAUCGGCUAUGGAUUAAUAAAAGUACCAACCUACAUUCGAAAAAUUAUAAGCUCUGGGAUAUUAUACUUGGCUUCUUCUGAGGACAAGUUUUUUCAUUGCAGGCUUCUCAUUAACCUCAAGAUUUCUCCUCUAAUGAGAAGCCAAUACAAUAUGGUGCUCAAAAAUGUCAUGGAAUAUGAUUCCACUUAUUUCGAGCAGAAUAACUAUGAAGAGCUUCUUAUUAUGUUAGAAAGCGCCAAAGACUCCCUACUGAGUAAUGAAUACGAUUUCGUGAAAAUAGUGCCAUUUAGCGUAAAAUUUAUGUGCUCUGAAUGGUAUCUCAAUCUAAUAUGUUCUCCUGGCGACGACAUGCUUCCACAAAUUGAGAAAGAAGACAUUUUGGAAAAGUACAACAUAUUUUGCGAUAAGCUGAAGGAAUUCAAUCAUUUCUAUAAAUGGGUUGAGUUUAUCACUUAUCAUCAGCUUUUAACGGACCUUGAGUCCCUAGAAUGCUUGGCUGAUAUCCUAAUGAAUCAUGAACGUUUGUUUUCUCUUCUCAUCAAUGACCAGAUUUUGAUGAUGAAAACACUGAUUCAUUUGUAUACCAAAAGCAUGGCAACCCAAGAGUCAAACUUUCCUCAACUUUACGAGUUCUCACCAUUGUGGAAGUUCUUUACGAAGAAGUUUCAAUACGCUUUAGACAUGGAUCCUGAUUUGCAUAUUUGCUUAACUGAGGUUUGUGAGGGAGAAAAGGCAGCAAUAGAACAGCUCAAGAAAUCACAAGAUUUAACAAUAAAACUUUACGCAUCGUUGCGCCAAGACUCUUGUUUGCUCAAUUCUGAUAACACCCAUUUCAGUUUUGCCAGCAUAUUUCAACAAAAUUUAAAGAGCAUUUUCAACACGAAAGAUAGGUCUUCCUUGGUUUUAGCCAAGCGUUCACUAAGAUUGCUGUUUCUGGCUAAUCCAAACGACUAUAAAAAAUUCAUGUCGGUCUAUCUCAAAAGGAGAAAUUUCAAGCUUAGUGAUUUAAUAUUCCUCAUAUCAGCAAAGCUCAUGUCAUUCGAACUUAUCAAUAACGUUCUCGGCGAACAGUACCUAACAAAACUACUUAAAGAUGGAGAUGGGGCCAUCAGCGUCUCAUACCAGUUACUGAAAACGAAAUUCAUUAACCAUAAUUUCAAAUUUGUCCUUAAGCUGUGUUCUGGACCUUCAACCUUUGAUUUUGAGUUAUUUGAUUAUCUGGUUCUCAAACACAACUGCUCUAUAUCAAAGCGUCGACAGAUAUCUUACACCUUUUAUCAAUUAAUGUCCAAUUUAAUGGAACCCGAAAGAGAAGCAUACCUGGAAAAAUCCAUGACGGGGUUCGUCCACCAUAGCAACCAAGAACGCCCCAAGUCUCUCUCGCUGGCUCAAAGUGGGGCAGAUGAUAGAGUGCAUGAUGACAAAGAAAAUAUACUUUGGUUAUAUUCUCUCUUGGAUUUCACCAAUAAAUGGAUAUUCCAAAUCUUGUCAAAGUACCUCUUCCAGAAGUUGUUGGUUGAAGACGAAAGGGAAGCCAAGAUAAGAACUUUGAUUUUAGAAAUUCUUCGGAUAAGUGACUACAAUAAUUUGUGCGCGAAAUUGUUUGACGAUUUAACUGACGCCGAACUAGUCCGACUCCUUUUAUCCGCAAUUGAAGGCGAUUUCCUCCAAAAAUGCAUGAAAUCAGAUAAAAUCUCCAUGAACUAUUACUUCAUCGUCCUUGAGAUUGUUACUUCUUUUUCCAAGACGUUUGCUAGAUUGCAUUUCGAUUCGAGUUACUUCAACUAUGAGAACUUAGAACUUUUCACGCAAUGUGCUCGAUACUUCAUUAACAUGUCCUCUGCGGAGUUGAAAGAGAAUGAGAUUAAAUUGGAUGUUUAUCUAAAACUGAUAAUCGUACAGCAGCAAAAUGUCUUCAAAGAGCUCGUUGAGGAGCUCAAUAGAAGUGAAUCCGAGCUUAUUGAAAGAUUGUGCGCACUUUUUGAGAAAAUAGAUUUCAAUCUCAAAAUCAAACUGUUACUCUAUGAUAUUUUAAGCUCAAUGAGAUCAUUUAUGAUAUAUGCGUCAACGUCAAGGGGACCGCAAGAUACAAAAGAGAAUCUUCUCAAAUCAAAGAUACCUGAUUGUUUGCUGAACCUCCCACCAUUUAAAAUUUCUUUAUUCAUGAAAAGAAGCUCAGAGUUAAGCGACAGUCAAGACCUGUUAGGUUUGCAGACAUUUAGCACCUCGGUAAAGAUGGUUUCUGAUCACGAGUACUUCAUGUUUAACAACGAAACCGAAGAGUUUGAUUGCCCUUUGACGCUUAGCCCAUUUCAUUGCCUGGUUAAUUAUCAAGAAGACAGAAGUGCGGAUUUUAAUAAUACUCCGCUAAGUAUGAGCUUGUUUGGUGCAAGAUUUGAUAAGAAGAAUCCCACCUAA